CAAGAUUACAGAUUUAAAAACUUACAAUACAACAUCAUCUACAAUAACAAUUUCGUUUAACGAACCACAACCAAGCACUGGUCCAAUAACGCAAUACGGUAUACAGUACGUGUACCAAGAACGAGUCUGUAACAAUGGUUUGAGGUCAGGUCAGAAUACCAUAACAAACCAUACCAAGUGUACGCCCUCUAGUGAUCGUCCGACUGUCUGCUCUCUAGACAAUCUCUAUCCCUACUGGAACUAUAAUAUAAGUGUGAGGGCAUACACCAUAAAAGGACCCGGUGACUUGAGCGACCCUAUAGUAAGCCAGACAGCCGAGGACAAGCCGAGUCCUAUAAAUAACCUCCAUCACACCAAGGUCACAGCUUACAGUGUAACUCUGGAGUGGUCCGCGCCUUGUCCCCCUAAUGGCAUUAUCCAGGAAUACGUCAUACGCUGGAACAACAUGGAUAUCAACACAAGAAACAAAUCAGUGGCAUACCUAAAGAAGGACCUAAAGCCAUACAGGAACUAUACAUAUCAGAUAGCAGCUGUGACAGUGGCUGGUACUGGGGAGUACACCGAUGAACAAAUCGUCACAACAUUAACUGAUAUUCCACAUCCACCACGUAAUGUCACGGUUCCUACAAAGAUGGCUACCAGUGUUAGCGUUAAGUGGACAAGUCCAGAUUUAAAAACCGGACCUACCAGUUACACGGCCACGGCAAUAGAUGUACGAACAAACAGAAAUAUAUCAUCUUGUGGAACCCAUGGUUUCGACAAAACUGAAUGUACCAUAAAACACCUUAAGGAAUACUGGAACUACACCAUUUUCGUGCUAUCCUCCACAGUGAACGGAUCAACCAAUAGUACUCCAGUGUCCAUCACAACUGACCAAUCAGUACCCGGAAAAGUGACAGGUCUGUCUGUCAGUGCUCAGGAAAACGUAAUCAAGCCACGUACAGUCAACGUAACCUGUCAACCACCAGUAAAGAUGGAACUAAAUGGUAUAAUCACCGGGUACAUACUUACCUGGGGAUACUAUACGAUGAUUAAGAAUUCGAGUUCAUCGUGUCAUUGGUUCCUUGAUGUCGAUCCAGAAAAGACAUAUACAUUCACAGUCGUGGCAAGGACGAUAAAGGGACCUGGUAAAAACGCUUCGACAACGCUUUCUAUACCCGCAGGAGCUCCAUUGCUGGCAAAUGAGAGCGCGACAAUGAUAAAACUGGGGUCAUCUUCAGAUGUCAGCGACCCAGAAAAGCAAUUCCGGGUGGAUUUUGAUACCAAACUCGUGUGUAACACCAAAAACGGAAUCGUCUCAGCUCAUUACGUUAUUGUGUCUGAAUCAUCUCAAACUAACACUGUUCUAAUACCUUUCCGUGGAACUAAAACUUCUUAUGAAAGUCAAGUGAAAACCCGUUAUAAGCAUUGGAGCAAUGUAAAAGACGCAGACAACAUCACCCCAUAUGUAGCGUCCAGGUCCUGGGAUCCUUGUCCAAAAA